CUCUUCUUUGGCAAUUAUCUCCAGACAUGUAUUUAGAGCUCUUAAUGAACCUUCCUCUGUAAUCUAAUAAAACUAUACACGCAUAAAUCUCCCUCUAUAUGAACUCAAAAGACUAAAGCACUUUAGAAAUGAAGUUUAUUACUGAAUUUUGUUUUUUCACAGGAGCCCAACAGUAUCAGUUUGUUACCAACACCAUUGUUAUUAAACCCCAAGAAAUCAUGUUUAGUAGGCUUUUUCGGCAUCAAUCGUUCAGAAAAAGCUUCUCGGAAAAUAUUAGAAGAUUCAGUUUUCGUUCAAGGUACAAUGGCUCCAACAGAACGCGAUUUUCCAGGAAGAACGUAACGGUUGGAGUAGGAGUCACCUUAGUUGCAUCUGCAGUGCUCGUAGACUUUGAUCCUAUAAAACAUGCAGGAGUCUCUUCAUUACGUGCUUAUCGUGUUGUAUAUACGGGAUUUGUUUGUUUCUCAGACUACAAAAAGGUCCUUACCGACAAGUACGAAACUCCCGAAGAUAGAAAACACGCACUUAGUCGCUGUCAUCUGCGAUGCGCAAAACGGACCCUAAAAGUGUUUGAAGAAAAUGGUGGCAUUUAUAUCAAAGUCGGCCAGCAUCUGUCCGUUAUGGACUACAUUAUUCCAAAGGAAUGGACUGAAACGUUAAUACCCUUACAAGACCAAUGCCCGAUGACUUCCGUCCAAGAUUUAGACAAGCUUUUUUUUAAGGACACGGGAAAGCACAUAGAUGAGUAUUUUGAAUACUUUGAUCCAAAACCCGUUGGCGUCGCAAGCCUCGCGCAAGUACACAAAGCAAAGCUUAAAAACAAUGGACAGCUCGUAGCCGUCAAAAUUCAACAUCCACCUGUAAGUGAGUUUUGUGCCUUAGAUCUUUCUAUGACACGUUGGGUUUUUAAAGCCAUCAAGUACUUCUUCCCAGACUAUAACUUGUUCUGGAUCUCCGAUGAGAUUGAAAAAACCUUGCCCCAAGAGCUUGACUUUACAAUGGAGGCUAAGAAUGCCCAACGCACUCGUGACCAUUUUGCGAAAAUAAAAACAGCACUUUACAUUCCUGAAGUGGUAUGGGCCGAUAAUAGAAUUUUGGUUAUGGAAUUCGUUAAAGGAUCCCGCAUUGAUGAUAUGAACUUUUAUGAUACUCACGACGUCUCCCGUGAACAAGUCUCGCUGGAGCUUUGUCACAUCUUUAACGAAAUGAUUUUUGGCAAGGGUGGCCAUUUACAUUGUGAUCCACAUGGCGGUAAUGUGUUUAUACGCGAGAAGCCAAAGCAUUCUUCUUCUCCUCGUAAUUUUGAAAUUGUGCUUCUUGAUCAUGGUCUUUAUCGCGAUAUCCCAUUGCAAUUACAAAGAGAUUACGCACGGAUGUGGUUGAGUAUCAUUAACUUUGACGAAACUAGUUUGCGAUAUUAUGCCAAAAAAGUCGCCAAUGUAGAUGAUGCAAAGUUCAGCAUCUUUGCUUCUGCUAUAACAGGUCGUGAUUACAAAGCCAUAAAGGAACACCGAAUUUCUAGUCGUCGUGGGCUUGAAGAAAGAGAUCGACUGCUAAAAGCUCUUGAUCAAACAGACUUGCUUGGUAAAAUCAUUCAAUUAUUAAGCGAUGUUCCACGUACUGUAUUACUUUUAAUGAAAACAAAUGACCUAGUGAGGUCAUUGGAUGACAACCUCCAGACUCGUUCUGGCCCCGAAAAACUGUUUCUUAUCAUGGCUCGAUACUGUCUACGUACAGUUCAUGAAGAAGACAUGGAGAAGAUUACUCAACAAAGUAAGCACCAGUAUUACCCUUCUACGAUCCUCAAAAAGCUUGGCUGCAGCGUUCGUUACUGGUUUGGGUGUUUACGAUAUCUUAUGCUCGAAAAUUACUUUUACUAUAAAAACUUGUACUUCUAAGUUGUUUGCUUUUUUUUGAAAUCCUAUUUAUCAAAAAGCCCAAGGGCCAACCCUAUUCCAUAACUAAUAUACAUUCUUUUCACCUUCCGUACACAUUUAUUGAAUUGCUCACUUGAAUGGCUGGAUGUCGCAUUUUCUCAUUCCAGCUCCCCAUU